CGCUAUUGCCUUGCUCAGUUAAAACUUGAGAGGGACCCCAUCAGUUGUGAGAGAAUAGCAGAGACGUAAGGACGUCCUCGGCGUGGUGUGUUCGCGCCACAGUGUGUGUGUUCUGCACUUGUGUGUUUCGAUCAACAAGUUCUUUUCGAUCUCGGUCCUCAAUGGGAUAGCCGCGUAGGUCUAUCCAAUAGCAGCGCCGCAGCGUGACACGCCCUUCUGAAGUAAAAAAAGAGAAGAAACGACAAAGGAAGAAAACAGAAUAAGACAAACACGAAAUGAAGAUGGUGCCGGCCCCGCCGCCGAUGACCUCUUCACCAAUUAUGUCGUCUUCUUCUCACCAGCAGUUCCAGGUGACGGAAGACACACCCGUCGACUUCCUGGAGGGUUGCAUGGAAAUUCUAGUCGUCUUCCCCAACGAAAAGAGUAUUUUGAUGUCCAUCCAGCGGCGAAUGCCAAUGUUGGAUCUGUUGAUUCACGUGACGGCGGCCAACAAGAUAUCGCCGGCAGCCCACUUGCUACAAGUCACGGACGAAGAGGGUCGACUGCUGCCUCAUAAGCCCAGCACACCCAUCGGUUCGCUGAAUGCUCACAAGGUCUACAUCGUGGCCAAGAAUCGAUUGAUGGCCGAUCGAUCGGGCGGCCGCUCAACCAACGCGAAAUCUUCUUCAGCCUCCCAGUUUGAACAGUCGUUUCGUGUCCAGGUGCGCCUUCCUCGCAAUCAGUUGUUCGUGACCCGCGUGACGGGGCGGACGCAACUUGCCGACCUGCUUCACACCGUGUGCAACGAGAAGGCUUUGGAUCCACGACACUAUGAGCUCAGACAUCCAGUGAAUCUUGACGAGCGUCUGCGUUUGAACAGCUGCCUGGACGAUUACAAGUUACAAGAGGUCGUCUUGGUGCCAGUGUGUGGCAAGAGCUCUGCAACUCUACUAACCCCCGCAGUGUCGGUGAGCGACUUGUCGUCACCAUCCAACAGCAUGAACAGAAAGACUGCAACAGUGACCGCCAGCAACAGCAAAAUGUCGGGCAAGUCGACGCUGAAACCCACCACGUCUGAAGCGGCUCUCGCCGGACUUGAAAAGAAGAAACGGGGACUUCUCGGACUUCUCGGAUUUGGAAAACACAAAAAGGGAUCGAGCAUGGGCGAUAGCAGCAUUAGCAGUGACAGCGCAGGAGACCGGAGUAUUUCACCUUCUCGGUCGGAAGAGCCGGCUCCUCCGCCUCCAGUUGUCGAGCCCGUUGCGCCCACUCCGCCGUCACCUGUCCUCUUCUCCAAGCGUCUGGCCGAAGAAGCUGUGGCCAAACGCAAUAGCCGCCUCAUGUUGAGCCAAAUGUCGACGGAGGCGUCGACGACGACGACGACUUCACCUAAUGACGCACCGCCUUUGCGUAAAACGAUUUCGACCACGUCCAACGGAGUGGCGGCGGCGUCUAGUGCCCCCACUAAACCUGGCGCCAAGAAGAAGAGGGCUCCGGCUCCGCCGCAACCUCAAUCUUCUCUCAACGGAAUGAAUGGACCUCCCAAGGCGGCGUCGGAAGUGUCUACGUAUUCCACGUCAUCGUCUGGCAGCAAUUACGUAUCGCCGUCGACGUCGGUGAUCCAUCACUCUGAAGAGGAAGUGGUGUUGCGCAGUCCUUCGCCUAAAUUAUCGUAUCUACGGCAAGAGUCUAAUAACGUUGCACGCCAACGUCAAUCGGACAGCGGAUGUAGCAGUCCGGUUAGAUCGCCCCGAUCCAACUUGAUCACCACUCCUGGCAAUUCGUCCUCAAACUUGACACAAGUGUCUAGCACGUCGAACGCUUCACUGGCUUCGGUCUUCAAAAAGAGGAAAGCUCCCGUACCUCCUCCUGCACUUGAAGAACAAGUUGAAACCUCUGACAAGUUACCGCCGGCCACACCUGUGGUCGUCGUCGUGGUCAAUGGCGGAUCACAUGACGACUCUGAUCGGGCCUCUUCCGUCUCCGACCAAUUGUCUAGCGUGUCGGACAUGUCGUCGACUCGAAAAUCCGCACCGACUCCCGACAUCAUCGAGCCUCCGAUCGUCGUCCAACUGACACCUCAACAUCAUCAACCAAGUUCAGUGGCACCCAUACCCGCUGCUCGUAAUAAAAUCCCUCGCCCUGUAAAAUCUGCUACUGCAUCAGCGCGUCGCGAAGGCCGAGUUGAAUCGGUGGUGAACAACCAUCGCGAACAGCCAAAAUUGCCCAACUCCUCCUCCUCCUCUUUGCCGAGCAGUCCGUCAUCAGACGCCGACGAUUUGACCUUGGACAGCGAAAGCCUGAACAUGUUUUCCAGCCGGAAUGAGCUCAAUCAAACGACUAAAGCUCAACGGGCGGCUGCGGUGGAUAAACGGCCAGAGCAGCUGAAAUCGCCAUCGAUUGAAAGAAAUGCGGAAGCGAUGCGUUUGAAAUUCGCCCAAGAGCGGCAGCAGCAGCGCAAAAAGGCUGAACUUGAAAUGGCUUCCGCCCGCAUUGAAACGGUGGAACAGCGGACCGCAUCGCCUCCGGAAGUGGAAGAACGAUCGAAGCGAAAAAAAUGGGAUCGGUCCCCACCAAAGUUGCUCCAAGUAUUGGCGACAGCGCGAAGCGGAGCCACGUCAGAUGAUGAUGACGAAAUGACAUUGGCGGUUCCAGUGUCGCCAAUGCGACGGUCUCGAAUUCCCAGUGUUGUAGCCAGUCGGACGAGUAGCGUCAGCGAAUUUUUCAGCCUCUCUGAGGACGAAGAUGAAAUGCCGAUUCCGGUGGUGGUGGUGGUGGCGGCGCCCAAAGAAUUCCGCAGUGAUGAUGAAGUGAAAAAGGAGGAAGACGACGACCCGGAUGCGACUUUUGCUGCAAUGUGCGCCGCUCUAGCCAGGCGGAAACAGCGAGGUGAGCCACAAUUGCCCAAUGACGUGAGCCCGACGGUGCCAAUUGAGACGCUCCAGCCUCUGAUCCAUGUGGAUGGAUGCAGCAGCGGCAGCAGCAGCCCCCCGGGAGUUGAUGGUGACGCAAGUAAUGGCGUAGGAUUUUGGCAUCAAUCAAGCAACGAACAAGGUUGGAUAACCGAGAAAAACCACGAAACCACUUCUUCCACCUCACCACGUUCAACAUCACCUGCACUUCGUAGAUCGAGCAGUUUCAAUGACGUUCCAGGCGAUUCGCUCCUCUUCCCCCUACUUUCUAAUUCUUCCUUCUCUGCUGUCUUAUCGAGUCGUGGCGAUUACGAGGACUUACCGCUCUUGUUGAUCAAUAACGACGCAGACGGACGCCACUCUCAAGAUUUGGACAGCCCCCGAUCAAGCGAAGGAGAUUCGUCGAACAAUACUUCCGAGCGUCCAGCCAAUUCUGUAUCUUCAGAGGACGAUUACGAGCUGCUCAAUUAUCGACGAGAAAAGAUUGAACCGGCGAUUGUGGAGAAGAAUGGACCGUUCAGCGAAGCUCACGAGAAGGAAGAAGUGGUCGUUUCAGAACCCAUUUACACGAUGGUGAUCAAAUCGCCUAGACCUCUAGUAGCCGUAAAUGUGGGACCGGAAAAGGAUGACAAAUCUGGACAGACUAAUGGAGACGUACACGUGGAUGAACCGGACAGGAUGGAAGUCAAAGCCAGCCCAAUUCCGGCAGAGGAGGGGCCUGAGAUGGAGAGGGAUGCGGGAGACGGUCAAACCGAAUCGCCCAUCAUGUGGGAGUACAAAUUGCCAGCUCCGCCCACACCUUUCCAGGAUUCGAUCCAGUCGCCUUUGGAUAAACUGCAGAUUGCCAGCGAAUCCGAUUCGAGCCGUUCGAGACGCAGUUCCAUGUCGACCGACAGCCUGCAGCACAACAGGAGUGCGGAAGAAGAAGAUCUUGUCAAGGAUUCGCCUCGUUCAUCGAUCGGUUCUCAAGAAGAACCCGUGGCCCCACAAGUUGUGCCCAAGAUCUCGAUCAAAGAGGAUUGCGACACUAACGAAGAUGCUAUCAAGUUGGAUCUCGGUGCCGAAUUGCAAGGUGAAAGCGCUACAGAAGAACCAGCGGUGAAUGGCUCCCCGGUUGAAGAGGUUUUAAAAGUGGUGGUGGUGGAAGAAAAAGUUGUUGUUCUCCAGUCAAGUGACCCGGAGGCUAAGCCGUACGGGGUUGAAUCGACGACUGACGAGCCUUUGUCACUCGAGCCCACUUCAUUGCCACCAGUGCCUAGCACUUUGCCGCCGUGCGAUAGCGACGAUGACUCGAUUGGCCAACCCGAUAUGCGCUUUUCAAUCGCCACUUAUACUGUUCGUGUCAACAAAGAUUCGACCUAUGAGAAGAAGCUGGCCCGAUCCGGUUCUCCCGAGGAAUUGACCAAAGUGCAGAUCGAACCGGUUGCUGUUCCGGAAAAGAAGGUCGACGAUCCGUUACCUUUGGUAGCAGAAACAAAGGAGCCGGAAACAAUUGCUGAUCCAGUUAAGACUGACGAGAACUCCGGAAGUAGCAGUGCUGCUGUCCCACCAGCUGCCCAGCUCCCAUUGCCGAUGUUAAAUGCCGACUUUAUCCAACAGUUUCAAAAUGCACUUCAUUCUAUCACAGAUCCAAAGGCCCGCGCCUUGCAGGAAGAGUUUUUGCGUUUACAGCAACAGUUCCUGACUCUGCAAAUGCAAGCGGCUGUCCAACAGAACGUCACUCCGGUAUCGACAGAAUCUACUUCCGUUGCAGCUCAUUGUGAGACCAUCAAAGUGGAAGACAAGGUUGUGGAGAUUGAAGUUCCAAAGGUCCUGGAUCCACCAAUCGAAUUUUGCGUGGAAUCCGAUUCCAAACGAAUUCUACCGGUGGAAUCACCUGUCGAAAUCCCGCUCAAGACUAUCGAACCAAUUGAAAACCAAUCACAGAAGGAACAGAUCGAAGUUGAACCUGAAGCGACAGUUUACCGUUACGCUGGGCCUCCUCAAGUCAAACUCGAUACGUGGAAGCCUGGCAGGCCGCGUUCAGAAGUGAUUGAUUUCAGCCGCUCUUCUUCGUUCAACGUCCCAUUGGCGCCUGUAGAGAAGAAAAUUGAUUUGCCAGUGAAAAAUACCCCGGCCCCAACAGUUGCGGCGAUGGAAAGCCCCGCCAGUCCGACCGUGGCAACCAUUCCCGAAGAAGUGGUCGUCGUUCCAGCUCAGUUGCCUGAAAUUGCAGAAGAAGAGAGCAAAAUCAAAUCGAUCGUCAUUGUUCCAGAAGUCGAGGAAACGUUGGACGUUCGCGAGAAGAUUGAACACAUCGAAAGCAGCAGUAAUAAUAGUAGCAGCAGCACCAGCCCCGUUCCCAAACCUGUCGUUUUGCGUAAAUCAUCGUUCAUGACGGCUCGUCCGUUUGAGGCUCGCCCAGUUUCUAUGCCCAUCAAGAGGCCCAACUUUACGCCGAUGGUUAUUCAGCCUGUGCCCUUCGUCUUUGGCAAGAUUCGAGCUCCCGAAGUGCGUGGUUUUGCUUCGCUGCCGCCUGAUAAUAGAAGCGAAAUGCAGAGCAUUAGGACAACUGGUUCGGCGGGGAUAGCUCCAUUUUCAGCGGUCAACAAACCUCGUCCAGUUUCAACGGUUAGUAAGGAAAAUCCCACGGUUGUUAUUCGAAAUAAACUGAUCGAAUCAGCCCGCCGGCCGUCAGCGGAGCUCAAUGGCAUACCUAUCAAAUUAGAGGAUUCCUCUGAUCAGCUGGAGAAGGAAGUUAAAGAGAGCGUCCCUAUCGUAUCGGAAACACGCCGGGCUUCGAAUUCGUCUCGCCCACUUUCGAUGCCGAUGAGUAGCAGUCUCUUGUUGGCCGCUGGGGCAGGCGGGGCAGUCAAUAAACCCCAACCAGUUGUCUCCGAAAUUUCGAUUCAGCCUAUUUCUCCUACUGCCCAACCGUCUGUUGUUUCCGGUGCCGAUCCUACGUCAAUUUCCGGAAGACGAUCCUUGUCUUCGAAAUUUGUCCGCAAAGUUGAUCCUAGAGAAGAGCUUCUCAACUCCAUCCGAAGCUUUGCCAACGGAGGUUCCCUAAAGAAGACUGGAACUAGCUUGGAGAAGUAGGAACAUGUGUAAACAAGUCAAUGCUGUCUGUGUCAAAAUUCCUUGCUAUAUAAAAAAACGCCGUUAAAGUUUCUAUUCACAUUCCAGGUUAAUCAUUUAAAAAAUGUGUUGCAGUUUUGAGACAUUCGUUUCACAGUUAGUUUUUUCCUUCUUUUUUUUUCUUCGAGAUAAUAAUUAUAUCAAUAAAAACUGUUAUGCAUUCCAAACCUGUUAUGCUUAUUCAUUGUUUACUCCGUAAUGCGCAAAUCCUUUAAGAUGAACGAAAGUUGUUAACGGAAGUUAUAAAUUAAUUUGUCUAUAAAAAGAAGCCUGGUUCAUUUUCACAUUCAAUUUCAAUGCCCUAAAUGUAAACCCCACGAAGAAUGGGCAAAUAAAUACACUUGUCAUACAACCA